AUGGAUGUGGAAGCAUGUGAGCCUGGCCUUAAGGGUCUCAGGCGGAAAUGGCAGCGGACCUCAACUGGCACUGCUUUGGACACUGGAAAGGACUCACAUCAUUUUGAUGACGAAAUCAUUGUUGAUCAGCCGGAACAGCAUGAUUCAAGUAGCAGUCAUGUGAUUCAACCUGGAAGUGUGCCUGGUGUUGAUCUUUUUCAACCGCUUGACAGCCCGGAGCUUGGUUCUGAGCCUUUGCAGCCACCUGCAGAUGACUUCAGUGGGUAUGAGCCUUCAAUUGCACCAUCUGUCAAUGUUGCUCCUGUUAUAGGAAGGGUUAGCACUUUUGAUGAUGACAAUGCUGCUGUUUCUGACCAGUUUAUUCGUGGUGCAAAACUAGCCGGUGUUACCAUGCCUUGGGAGACACCGUUGAUGCGUCAGAUUUUUGGAGAUGAUAGGCCGCCCAUGAGUCUUCACAUGCCACUGGACUGGGGGACCUCUGACCUGCCUUUGCUUGAGUCAACUGAAGCUGGCGUCACUCAGCCAGUCAUUCCUUCUCAGUGCAGGUCUGAUGAAACUUAUUUGCAGCAGAGGGAUCGUACGAGGAACAGCGCACUUGCAAAGUGGAAGUUUUUGGUGAUAAUUGAUCCACAAUUUUCAGAAGUGGGUCGGCAGCUGGAUGGGGCAGAUGACGCCCAAACUGAUUUGGUGUUGACCUCAGUUAUGGGAGUCAAGUCUCCCAACACUGUGCUGAAACGUGCAUCUGCUUUGAUGAUGUAUUACAGAUGGCAUGCAGUACAUAGUAGCAGUGACUGGUUGCCAUUUGAUGAAAAUGACGUUUGGCGCUACGUGUUGUACCAAACUACAACUUUCAGUGCCGCGUCCAGAUCUCAGUCGCUCGUCCAAGCUCUCAGAUUUGCUCACUAUGUGAUGGGUUUUGACAAUGCAUUGACUUGCGCUAGCUCACGACGAAUCAUUGGGCAGUCGCAGUUACAACUUUCUGCAAAAGCUCCAACACGCCAAGCCAGGCCUUUGACUGUACUCGAGGUGAAAGCACUCCACGCGAUUGCAGAUGGGUCAGGUCACUCACCUGUAGACCGAUGCAUUGCCUCGAACUUACUGCUUGCAACGUAUGGUCGGUGCAGGGUAUCGGAUGUGAACUACAUUCACGAGAUUCUCCAUGAUGUCUCAGGGAGUUCAGGUUUCAUUGAGAUUUCAACGAGGUAUCACAAGUCUGCACGGACUGCACAGCAGAAAGCUCUUCUACUUCCUAUCGUGAUGUCAAGUGCCGGGGUAGUUGACAUGCCUUGGAUUCACUCUUGGAUCUCGAACAGGAAGUCAUGCGGCCUUCCGACAUCAGGGCUGGUACAGGGCGCCUUGAUGCCUGCGCCUUGCAUGGGUGACAGGGUUAGCUGGUUGAAGAGACCUUUGUCGCCGGGUGAAGUUACAAACAUCCUCAAGGGAUUUUUGCAGUGUGAAGACCCGGCCCUGUCGAGUCACAGCUUGAAAGCGACGACAUUGAGUUGGGCGUCGAAGGCAGAGGUGCCCAGAGAGCAUCGCAGGAUUCUUGGGCGCCAUUCAUCAACUGUGCAGUGUGCGGAUUCAUAUUACAGCAGAGAUAUGAGCAUUGGUCCUGUGAAUGCGCUGCAGAAGGUCAUUCAGAUGAUUAGGGCAGGCACUUUUCAGCCGGAUGCUUUGAGGUCGAACUACUUCCCGACAGCCGUUGGGCCGACAGCUGGUACACCGGCGCAUGUUGUGAUGCAGCCGUUCACCCCAGCUUUUCUGGAACACAGCCAACCGACGACACCUGUGCCCACGGCAGUGACACCAAUGACGGGCAGUGGACAGCGGGCCACAGCAGAGACUUUGGCUCACUUGGAUGGAGAUGUCAAGUCUGAGUGCAGCUGGAAACUUGCAGGAACUGGUGUUGCGAAUGUGGUGAUUGAGCUGUCUUCAGAGUCAGAGCAGGACAGCUCGGAGAGCAGUAGUCUGCAGGGGUCAACCGACGAUGAUGAUGCGAUUGACUUGGACUCUGAUGAGGAGAACUUGGAUGUUGUGAAGCCGCUCCCAGUCGAAGAAGGAGUAGCGGUGGUGGCAAGGAAUCAGAAGACAAAGGUGGUUCACGAAUGCAGGAACCGAGUGCCUAACCCCCUUAGCAGCCAGGAGGACUUUGAGAAGUUGAUGACAGGGUCUGUCACGAUGUGUGGCAGGAUGAUCUCCAAGAGCUUCAUGUUUGUCAAUGGUCAUUUUGACUGGACAGCAAAGUGCAGAGUAUGCUUCAAAGGUCUCCGAGACCCCAACGUGUCGAAGUAA